AUGCAGCUCCCGGCCGUGGCGUUCCCAGCAUACUAUGUGUUAGCGACGUUGUUCCUCAUGAAAGUAAUCUGUGCACAGGAGUUGCACACCGUUUACAUCGUGAACAACUGCGGCAAAGGCUACCCUGUCUUGGGAGGACUUUACGGCGAAUUCUACCCGACGACUGAUCCCACGACGACGUUGACGUUCCAGGGCCCGGCUUGGGGUCUUCUCUCAUACCUGCAAUACACGGACGAUGACGGGAACAACGUGUGUGGAAAGGAUGGCGAAGGCUGUACCAUGGUCGAGGCCACACUCAGCAACACCGGUAGCAGUGUAGACAUUACACUCAUUCCGCCCCAUGCAUUCUCUGUGGGCGCGGGAUUUGCCUACUACGGUGGUUGCAAUGGUGCCGGAAUGAAUUGCACCAGCGCAGCCUGCCCCGGAGCAAAGCACAACGCGAGCGAGGGCUGGUUACAGGUAUCAUGCACGUCUGCGAGUGUGAGUCUCGAGAUUACGUUCUGCCAAUGA